AAAUUAGGAAACAAAGCAGAUUUGCUUCUUCUCGAUUCUUUGCAAUUUGCAUGCAUUGCUCAUCAAAAAAAUUCCUUUCUGGCUUUUGUUGGAAAAUAGCUGUAUAACUUCAAAUGUUGAAACUUUGCUUUUCUUCUUCUUCUCUUUUGGUCAAAUUUUGUGUUCUCUCUAGAGCAAAACCCUAAUUCUCUCAAUUCUACUCAAAAUUAAUAUCUCUUGCUUCCUUGAGAAAGAUAAAGAUUUGUGUUUACUAAGGUUGAGGAAAUGAUAAUAGCAAAGCAAUAUCGUUGCAUUCACUCGGCGACUUGUCAUUGCACGAAAGGACAUCUUAGCGAAGAAGUAUUGUUUCUUAUGGUUCAGCAUCUAAACUGGAACCCUAAUGUGAUUGCCACUCUAUCUUGUGUUUGUAAAUGGUUUGAUGAUCUCGCUAAGCGGUUAUUGUGGAAAGAAUUCUGUAGAGCUAGAGCGCCUAAGAUGAUGAGUGACCUUCAAUCUAGUGGUAGCCAUAGUGUUGAUGGGAGUUGGAGAGCACUAGGGAAACUUUUGAUUUACUGCUCUGGUUCAAGCAAAGGUGGACUCUUUAAUGAUGUUCAAAUCUCUGGUCAUUUUGUUCACAGAACCCGCUUCUCUAGAACAUCGGGAAGGAGCUUUCUUCCUCCACAAUGUCGAACUGAUGAUAUUCUCUAUGUUUCUGAUCCUUGUGAACAUUUGGAUCAAGGAGAAGAUGGUGAUUUGGGAUUCUUCCGUGGGAUUUUCAAAUCGUUUUCUAUGUCAAAGGUGAGGAAGUUGCUUAUUAAGAAAGGGACACCAUUUCAUCCUACGGAAGUUUGUCCGUAUUGCAAAGCGAAGCUGUGGAGUAUGCUUCAGGCGAAAAUGAUACCACAGAGUGCUAGCUGUAGAUUGGGGGCUUAUGAAGAUAGCAUUGAGUAUUAUGUUUGUCUCAAUGGGCAUAUGCUUGGAGUUUGUACACUCUUACCUUUGUCUGAUUCUGAAGGGGCCUCCGAGUUUCAGUGACUAUAAAUUGCCGACCUUGCGUUUUCCGUUGCAGAAAAUGCUUGAAGCUUGGUCAGAGGUUAUGAUGUCGUCUCUCUGUUUCUUAUGUACUGGUGAAUUGUUGCUGCUAAACUUUGGGAAUCAUCACUUUGCAAAGAGUUGAUGUUAAGUGUAUCAUAAGCUCAAGUUGUGCAAGGUUUGACGAUUUCAGAUUCUCAAUUUACCAUUGGUGUGCAUCUACAAACCAUUUGUUGAUUCUGUGCAUGUAUAUGUAUUAACAACACUUGCAAAUUGUAAUAGACGCAUAUAUUUCUGCUACAUUUAUGAU